CAUGUACUGUACUGGUGGUAAAUAUCAUCCAUCCUGCAGCAGCGUCGACAACUCCGUCACUCGGUGAAGUUUAGUGAAUGAGUAAGGCCAGUUCUAUUCUUCGUGAGCAGAAUACCUUCGUUUUAGCAGAGGAGGCUGUUGGGUUCAUGCAAAGAAGAGGGUUGUGGGUAAAGGUGGUUGUGUCUGUGUGUUGAUGUCAGAAGAAUGAGAGAGCUGGAGAAAAGUAUGGAGGACUAGAGGAGGUAACACAUACCAACUGACAUCAUGUGGAAACACAUUACACUGAAAAGUUGAGAGGGGAAAAAAUAGGACUUUCCCUGCAGAGGCACACCCGUCAGUAUCUGAAGAGAUCUGUUUUAAUUAAAACGGCUGCUUCUCUCGUUUCCCAGCAGGAAUGUGGUUUGGGUUUACAUUUCGUCUUGUGAAAAAGAAAGAAGAAUGUUUUUUUUUUGAUUUUCAUUCUUGAAAAGAAGACAUUUGAAAUUGACUGGAGAGACAGUCCAGUCCGUCCAAAUUAGGAGAGCGAAGAAAACGCCCAGUUGCUUGCAGAGAUAGCUAAUUAAAACACUUUACGCCGGUGAAACACUGGACUUAAAAAAAUGCUAGGGGAACUUUUGUGUUUGUUAGGGUUAAAGGCUUUCACAUAGACUCGGUGUCGUUUCGGGCUGUGUUUAAUCUUUAAGUUUUUUUUUUUUUUUUUUCUUCCCACCCUGAGACCAGAGACGGUCUGAAGUCAGUUUCCCAGGGCCUCCUCCCUGAGGCUUGUUUUUUAGGCCCAGAGGCACUGACUGACAACAAAGAAAUAAUUUACAGAGAAAAUCCUCAGGAUUUUAAUAAAGGAAAGGGUUACACUAUUUCUGGAAAGGGACAGACUUGUUAAAAUGUCGGCCUCGGCGGAGAAAAGUGUAGAAACUCGGCAGAGACAACUGGAAGUCAUGAUCAGGGACCCGAGGUCCCCAAUCAACUUUGAAAGUUUACUGGAUUGCAUGAAUGCCUUUGUUUUAGAUUUGGACUUCCCUGCACUUAGGAAAAACAAAAACAUAGAAACAUUUAUAUUGAGAUAUGAAAAAUUCAUGGGAAAGAUCCGGGAACUUCAAAUGAAAGUGGAGGACUAUGAUGUGGUGAAAGUGAUUGGAAGAGGGGCUUUUGGAGAGGUCCAGCUGGUGCGGCAUAAAGCAUCCCAAAAGGUUUAUGCGAUGAAGCUCCUUAGUAAAUUUGAAAUGCUCAAGAGGUCUGAUUCAGCUUUUUUCUGGGAAGAAAGAGAUAUCAUGGCUUUUGCCAACAGUCCUUGGGUUGUACAGCUAUGUUGUGCCUUUCAAGAUGACCGGUAUCUCUACAUGUUAAUGGAAUACAUGCCUGGGGGCGACCUGGUGAAUCUCACAAGCACCUAUGAUGUGCCUGAAAAAUGGGCCAAAUUCUACACAGCUGAAGUAGUGUUAGCCCUUGAUGCUAUUCACUCCAUGGGCUUUAUACACAGAGAUGUAAAGCCUGACAACAUGCUGCUAGAUAAAUAUGGACACUUAAAGUUGGCAGACUUUGGCACGUGCAUGAAGAUGGAUGAAACAGGGAUGGUAAGGUGCGACACUGCAGUGGGGACCCCAGAUUACAUAUCUCCGGAGGUGCUGAAAUCCCAAGGAGGGGAUGGUUACUACGGCCGGGAGUGUGACUGGUGGUCCGUAGGGGUCUUUAUUUUUGAAAUGCUGGUUGGUGACACUCCUUUUUAUGCUGAUUCUUUGGUGGGAACGUACAGUAAAAUUAUGGAUCACAAGAACACUCUGAACUUUCCAGAUGAUAUUGAAAUCUCUAAACAUGCCAAAAGCCUCAUCUGUGCCUUCUUAACAGAUAGGGAUGUGCGGCUUGGGAGGAACGGAGUGGAAGAGAUAAAAUGUCACCCUUUCUUCAAGAACGAUCAAUGGACGUUUGACACCAUACGUGAGACUGCAGCUCCUGUAGUGGCAGAAUUAAGUAGUGACAUAGACACGAGUAACUUUGAUGAAAUUGAAGAUGACAAGGGUGACGUUGAAACUUUCCCUGUCCCCAAAGCCUUUGUUGGAAACCAGCUUCCUUUUGUAGGAUUUACCUACUUCAGGGAUAAUCAGUUGCUAAGUAACUUAAAGCCGUCCUCUGUAGAAAAUGAACUCACGACUUCAGAUAAAGGGGAGGACAGUGUAGCGUCUGCACAGCUCCAGAAGUUGUUGCAUCAGAUAGAAGAGAAGCUCAACAAUGAAAUGCAAGCCAAAGAUGAGCUGGAGCAGAAAUGCAGAGCUGUCGGUAACCGUCUUGAAAAAACAUCUAAAGAGCUGGAUGAAGAGAUUAGCUCCAGGAAAAAUCUUGAAUCAAAUCUAAGGCAGUUGGAAAGGGAAAAAGCGUUGCUGCAGCACAAGAAUGUAGAGUAUCAAAGGAAAGCUGAAAACGAAGCAGACAAAAAACGCAGCCUUGAAAAUGAUGUUAACAGCCUAAAGGAUCAACUAGACGAUUUGAAGAGGCGGAAUCAGAGUUCUCAAAUAUCGAAUAAUAUGAAUAUACAAUUGCAAAGACAGCUGGAUGAAGCAAAUUCCUUGCUGCGCACAGAGUCUGAUACAGCAGCCAGGCUGAGGAAGAACCAGACAGAGAUGACAAAACAGUUACAACAGCUGGAGUCAAAUAAUCGGGAACUACAGGAUAAGUGCUGCAUGUUGGAAAACACCAAACUCAAACUCGAAAAGGACUUCAUCAGCCUGCAGUCAGCCUUGGAGUCAGAAAAACGAGAUCGAAGCCAAGGCUCGGAGAUCAUAAGCGAUUUACAAGGACGAAUCUCUGGUCUGGAGGUGGAGCUCAGAAAUGUAAAAGCUUCAGUAUCCAAAGCUGAAAUAGACAAAAGGCAACUUCAUGAGAAGCUGACAGACAUUCAAAAGGAGAAGAAUAACAUUGAAAUAGACAUGACUUAUCAAUUGAAAGUGCUGCAGCAGAGCCUAGAGCAGGAGGAAGCCGAGCAUAAAGCUACAAAAACACGGCUAGCAGACAAAAACAAGAUCUAUGAAUCCAUUGAGGGAGCAAAGUCAGAGGCCACGAAAGAGAUGGAAAAGAAGCUUCAGGAGGAAAGAACAUCAAAAAUGAAGGUUGAAAACUUGUUGCUGGAGGUUGAGAAGCAGUGCUCUAUGCUAGACUGUGAUCUCAAACAGUCAUCUCAAAAGUUGGAAGAGGUGUAUAGGCAGAAGGAAAAACUAACAGAAGAGGUGAAGAAUCUGACGUUGAAAAUAGAGCAAGAGACACAGAAGCGCAGUCUGACGCAGAACGACCUGAAGAUGCAGAGCCAGCAAGUGAACUCGCUGAAAAUGUCAGAGAAGCAGCUCAAGCAGGAGAUCAAUCACCUGCUGGAGAUCAAAUCGACCCUGGAGAAGCAGAACAGCGAGCUGCGCAAGGAGCGCCAGGACGCAGAUGGGCAGAUGAAAGAACUUCAGGAUCAGUUUGAAGCUGAGCAGUACUUCUCGACCCUGUAUAAGACCCAGGUUCGAGAACUGAAAGAAGAAUGUGAAGAAAAGAACAAGCUGUGCAAAGAAAUGCAACAGAAGCUCCAGGAGCUGCAAGAUGAGAGAGAUUCCCUGGCAGCACAGCUGGAGAUCACUCUGACCAAGGCAGACUCUGAACAGCUGGCUCGCUCCAUUGCUGAGGAGCAGUAUUCGGACCUGGAGAAAGAGAAGAUCAUGAAAGAGCUGGAGAUCAAAGAGAUGAUGGCCAGGCAUAGACAGGAGUUGGCGGAAAAGGACUCUACAAUAGGAUCGCUGGAGGAAGCUAAUAGAACAUUAACCAGCGAUGUGGCAAACCUAGCAAAUGAGAAGGAAGACUUGAACAACAAAUUAAAAGAAACUCAUGAAAAACUGCACAAGGUGGAAGAAGAACAAGAAGCCAUGGCAAUGAUCAAGUUGCAGUUUGAGAAACAAUUGCAGUCUGAAAGAACACUGAAGACACAGGCUGUCAACAAGCUGGCGGAGAUCAUGAACCGCAAGGAAGUGCGGGUAGGAGCGGGCAGCAAGCGUGGGAACGACACUGACGUGCGCAGGAAAGAGAAGGAGAACAGGAAGCUGCAGCUGGAGCUCCGGUCCGAGAAGGAGAAACUAAACAGCAUGCUCAUCAAGUACCAGAAAGAGAUCAAUGAGAUGCAAGCGCUCAUAACUGAUGAAAGCCAGGUGCGAAUUGAGCUGCAGAUGGCACUGGACAGCAAAGACAGCGAUAUUGAGCAGCUCCGCUGUCAUCUGGCCUCUCUAAAUAUUCAUAGUUUGGACACAAGUAUUGGCAGUGGACCAGAUUUCGACACAGAUGAUGCAUACCCUGUUCGUAUCACUCAUUCCCACACUUCGGAGGCCAUGUCUUUCACCUACCAGCGCUCCUCUACCUCUGUUAGCAUUGACUCUAAGCCUUCUCGAUCCUGUUUGCUUUUUGACUCUGAUUCUGACUUGGAGGAAGAGCCUGAACCCCAACCUGAACCUUUCCCUCACAAUCCAUCAGAACCUGAGAGCACAGAAUCAAGAUUGGAAGGGUGGCUUUCCUUACCAUUUAGGAACAAUACUAAGAAGUUUGCAUGGGAGAAAAAGUAUGUUGUUGUGAGUAGCAAGAAGAUUCUCUUCUACAACAGCGAGCAAGACAAAGAACUAUCCAAUCCUUACAUGGUUUUAGAUAUCACCAAGCUGUUCCACGUCCGACCAGUAACGCAGACGGAUGUAUACAGAGCAGAUGUCAAAGAGAUCCCAAGAAUUUUCCAGAUCCUGUAUGCUAAUGAGGGAGAGAGCAAAAAAGAACAAGAGUUCCCUGUAGAAUCACUGCCUAUUGGAGAGAAGUCGAGCUACAUUUGCCAUAAAGGACACGAGUUUAUUCCAACACUAUAUCACUUCCCCACUAACUGUGAGGCUUGCACAAAACCUUUGUGGAACAUGUUUAAACCCCCGCCUGCCUUGGAGUGCCGUCGCUGUCACAUCAAAUGUCACAAGGAUCAUAUGGAUAAAAAAGAGGAGGUUAUUGCUCCUUGUAGGGUGAACUACGACAUUUCAACAGCAAAAAAUCUGCUGUUGCUCGCAAAUUCACAAGAAGAGCAGCAGAAGUGGGUAAGUCGGCUGGUAAAAAAGAUUCCAAAGAAGCCCCCUGCGCCGGAUCCUUUCACCAGAUCUUCUCCAAGAGCGUCCAUGAAGGUACAACCCAACCAAUCCAUCCGCAGACCGAGCCGGCAGCUUCCACCAAACAAACCAAGCCCUCCCAGGCCUGGGCCUCCACGGAUUAAAAGGGAAGAAUCAAGCAUCGGAAAUGCUCCCAAAAUUUAAAUCUGAACAAAGAUUAUUUUAUUUGUUUAUUCUAUCAGCAAAUUGUAUUUUAGAAAUAUUAUUAUAAUGUUAAUUAUAAUAUGUUCUAUUUUAAAUGUGAGAGUGUGCAAUGAUGCAACAAUGUGGACCACUUCUGGAAGGAGUUUCACAGGAAAGCUCCAAGGAUCUAGUGCUUACAGCAGCAUGACGACUUCCUUUUUUUCCUUCUUUUUUAUUUUUCCUUCAGCAUGUACUUCAGUGCCCUUUGCGAUUUAUAGACUACAAACUAAACCUGGUGUGCUUAACAAUGUGAGAUUAUUUACAGGAUUGUGUGUGAAUGUAAAUGCUUCUAUGUGUUUUAGAUGAUGUGUACAAGUGUAGCAGGUUCUACUUAGGAAAUGCAAUUCUAUAGAUUAUAUCCUAGAGAAUAGAAAAAACAAAUGCAAGGUUAUGCCGAAUUAUUUCAGUUACUUGAAGGGUUUCAUAUACAAUUAUGUAAAAUGUAGCCUUCAGCCAUUCAUACCCCUCCGUUAUAAACCUUUGUAGAUUUUUUUUUUUUUUUUUUUAGUAUGUAUCUACAGGGUAGUGGCUGUUACAUUUGAUAUUGUAUUUUAACACAAAAUAAUAACUUAUUUAAUCAAGUUUUUUUCUUUUCAAGUAAUGUGACAACGUUUUGGGUCUGUUGACAGUAUCCACAAAAUGUUGGAGUUGGGGGGUAAAACACAUAUUUGAAUGUAGCUAGCACUGAUAUUAUGAACCAAGGGCCUGCACAGAAGUGUUUUCCAUCUUUUGUUUCUUAUUAAAUAUAAUUCUUUAUGUAUGUCUGGAAAACCAAUCUUUAACUGACACCAUCUUUUAUUUUUGUCUUCCCAGCUAACUGCCUUUUAUUGGGAUGCAGUCACUCAAGGUGAUGGGUUUCUUCCUAACACAAGAGAGACUGAAAAACAUAUAUGGCGCACCAAAAAUGCACAAAAUGCUACAUAUUUUUUUAGAAAGACUUAUCUAUGUAUCACCAUGGUUUACAGCACUGCUAAAAUGUAGAAUAUUAAUCCUGGGGGUAAUAGAUAGGGUUCUUGGGAAACUAACUGGGUUACUGGGUCUCUGUCAUAUGUGCACACUUAUACAAAACUCACAGCACAACCUGCUGAAUCACAAGCUGAUGGUUCUCCACAGUAUAAGCAUGCAACCUUUUUGAAUCAUAUCCUGCUUACGUAAUUACUGCAUCACCCCCAACAGAACGUCUUGAAGUUUGCCUUGUUUGGGGCUGCAAAGACUGAACACUACAAAGAUAUUUUGGAGGACAUUUGCUGGAUACAAAAUGGAAUGGAGUUUUGAAAUAUCGCACACAGUACAUAAUUUGGGUUGCCACCCUCGCUAUUAUAAUUUUUAAAGAACACAUUUAUUUUUCUUCACAUUUGCAGCGAUGCCCUUGUAUAAAGCCUUAGUGGUUAUUAGGUUAUGUGCUUACAAGACCAUAUGGAUAUCUUGCUGCAUGUGAAUGUUUAUCAGCUUUGAUACUGAUAGUUUCAGAAUGUUACUUUUUACUAGAAUAUACUAGUGACAGCUGGUUCAAUUUCUGUAAAAAUUCUGCUUUAAUUUAUAAUUCAGUGUUUGCCCAUUCCUAGAAAGAUGUUUACUUACUGUUAGAUAGUUGAUGAAGUUAGUGCACUAUUUGUAUGCAUAACUAUUACAUCAGUGUAUUCCUGUCUGAAUAUAUACCUGAUUAAAAAGGAUUAGAAAUCUAAUUUGAGCAAUGUAAGAAGGAAACUGUACAUUUCAUAUCUAAAUUAAUAUAAAGGAGUGACCUUAUUACCCGAAGAGUAUGUUGAAUUCUAGUGUACUGUUUUCGUAUCUCCUUCAAAGUGCUAACAUUUUGUAUUUGUCUUUGGUUUGUGUAUUCUAGAUGUGUUUUAUUAUUAAAAAAAUAAAUAUUAUCUCUACUAAAAUCUCACAGCACAUAUAUACAAUUCACAAACAUUUAAAAUAUUUAACUACAGCAUACUGUAGCUGUAUUUUAAAGUUUCUGUAAAGAGUUCUCUUAACACAUAGUGAUAGCUACAGGGCUUCUGGUAAUGUGUUGAGAAUUGUCAAAGCUGGGAAGAGAAACCUUAAAAAUGGCCCGCAAAUAUAUAUUUAUAUAAAUAUUAUUUUACAUGCCACCUUGCAGAAAAAAAAAUGUAAUUUAUAUUGGUCUGUCCACUUUAUUUAAAAUUUUACAUUGAAAGUGCAUGUUUUAUACAGCUACAUUGCUAAAAUAAAAUAAUGUAAAACAUAUUUGACAAUAAAAUUAUGUAGCCUUC